GGCUCGGGUUCACCUGAGCUGCGGGGCAACUGUGUCUGCAGCCUGAAAUGGUAACUGUAUCUUUAAGGCGCUUUCUUACCACUGUCUGCUUUGUGUAGCCAGAGGGGAGAGUCACGCCAUCAGGACAUGCUUUAAUUCAGAAAAGUAUAUGUAAACAAAGAGGUAAGAAGCUUUCACCUCUGGAGCAAGAAUCGACUAUUUGGGCAGGUUACCGUUGUUUCGUGCGUGUCGGAAUGAAGUCUACUCAAAUCUUACUAUCCACUGCACUUAUUUUGCUUCUCUCGGGACUUUCCAUGACCACAGCUUGCAACAAGGCUCUCUGUGCCAGUGAUGUCAGCAAAUGUCUCAUUCAGGAGCUGUGUCAGUGCAGGCCCUCAGAUGGGAACUGCUCGUGCUGUAAGGAGUGUAUGCUCUGUCUGGGCACACUGUGGGAGGAAUGCUGCGACUGUGUGGGGAUGUGUAACCCCAGGAACUACAGCGACACUCCGGCUACCUCCAAGAGCACGGUGGAGGAACUCUACCGACCCAUCCCCUCACUGUUCCGCGCCCUCACCGAGGGUGAAGCGCCCAUCAACAUGAUGGUGGUAUCCUUCCCAGUGGCCGAGGAACUAUCUUACCACGAGAACCUGGUGUCUUUUCUGGAGACCAUCGAGGACCAGCACCAAAAUGUCUCCCUGCCUGGGAACAGUAUCCAUGCCAGCUACGAUAACACCCAAAGUACUGAAGAUAACAUGUGCACUGUGGUGUACUUUGACGACUGCGUGUCCAUCCGCCAGUGCAAGCAGUACUGCGAGUCCAUGGGCGGCUCCAAGUACCGCUGGUUCCACAAUGCCUGCUGUGAGUGCAUCGGCCCAGAGUGCCUCGACUACGGCAGCAAAGCCGUCAAGUGCAUGAACUGCCUGUUCUAAUGAAAGCCAAUGGGACAAGCCACGUUAGGGUACUGUGCUCAAACUGCCAAAAGGGGGCACUGUCUGCAAUAGCAGAUGGGAUGAGGUUGACUGAGGAAGAUAACUUGUGCCUCUGCCUUUUGUAAAAUGUUUCCAUAUUGUGAUGUAAAAUAUUAGCCCUUACUAAUUAUUUUUGCUCUUAAAUUUGUUUUUAUAUGUUAUAUAGAUUCUCUAGCAAUACAUAUAUGGAUUGUUUUAUAUUUUCUCAUAUAGUUAAUGCUGAAAGGGUCACUAUGACAAAUAGUUUUUUUAUAGCCGCGUAAAGACAAGCAAUCAAUGUUAUCAAAUCUGUAGUGAAAUGGCAUUUUAUUUUUGUUGUAAUGGACAAUCAUAGUAAAUACAGUUUUUGUAUCAUCGUUAGCUAUAUAACAUACGCUACAUGGCCAAAUGUAUGUGGACACCUGCUCGUCGAACACGUAAUUCUAAAUCAUGGGCAUUAAUAUGGAGUUGGUUCCCC